GAUGAGGAAGGAAAACAAGAGAGCAAGAUGGCGUCGUCCAUGAGUGGGAUGUUUCCCGGCCAGCAGCCGCCUGGUCCUCAUCCCGUCGGGGGGCCCGGUGGACCUGGUCAGCCGGGCUUCCCGGGAAGCACUCCGCGGCCGCAGGGAGCCAACACGCUGGUGGAUGAACUGGAGGCGUCUUUUGAGGCAUGUUUUGCAUCCUUGGUAAGCCAAGACUAUGUCAACGGGACCGACCAGGAGGAGAUACGAACUGGUGUGGACCAGUGCAUACAAAAAUUUCUGGAUGUGGCCCGGCAGACAGAGUGCUUCUUCUUACAAAAAAGGCUUCAGCUGGCUGUACAGAAACCAGAGCAAGUGGUGAAGGAGGAUGUGUCAGAGUUGCGUAAUGAGCUUCAGAGGAAAGAGAUGCUGGUUCAGAAGCAUCUGAACAACCUUCACAAGUGGCAACAAGUGCUCGAGGAUGUGAGCCGUCAGCAUCGUAAACCCACAGACCUUCCCCCCCCUGGACCGCUGGCCUUUCUGGAGCAAGCCUCUGCGAGUCUGCCCCCUGCUCCUUUAAAGCCAAACUAACACACUACAGCUGUAAUCUCAUAAACAGAAAUUACCCCACACUCAAAAGGUCAGGCAUCCAGUGCAAGUAACAAAAAACAUAACCGCACUGAGAAACUAAUGUAGUCUUUUAUUGCCUUUCUGUAUGGUACAGUGGAUUGGAAAGUGUCUGAAGAAUUGCGUCCAAAAUGUUCUCUGACCUGAGAGGGAGCCACAAAAGAUGCUGAAACAGAAACAAUUGUUGGGGGAUUUAUUUGAAGAGAAUAAAUGAAAGAUAAAUUCCAAGAAAGCAAUGAAACAUGACCAUACCUACACAGAGGAAUACCCUCAACACAUUUUUCAUAUGUUAAAACUGAAGAUGAGUUUGGUGUCACUUAAGAUGUGGGGAAAUUUCUAUGUAGAGCCUCUUUUUCCCUGUUUUUCUUUUCUUUUGAUGUAUGUAAAUAUUUCCUAGUUUUUUUUUUUUCCAAACUGUAAAAAUUAAAUUUGCAAUUGUUAAAA